CCACCUUGAAAGCUUGACAUAAUAACAGAUGCCCCUUUGGUGACUGUUUCUUUUGCAGGGGCUUUGUCGGUGUAGACUUAACCUAACGCAACGCAGCAAGUAUAGAGUUGAUGGCUUAAUAAUUUCCCAGUAACACUUCCGGUUAAACUGUUCACAAAUGUCAUGCGAUUGUGAACAACCAGAAGUCACAACGCAGCGGUAGUUUUGGAUUUGAAGAUGGGGGACGAUUUAGGUGAUGAUUGGUGGGAACAAAAGGGCAAUUCGGAUGCCCCAGGGGGAGAGGAGGAGAGAGAAGAACCAGAGAAAGAGGAGGAGAAACAGCCCACAGAUCAAGCAUCCCCACAGGAGAAGAAAGGAAAGAAGAGGAAGAGUGUAACAGAAAAACCAGUCCCGGCCAAGAAGAAGAAGACUGCACUGAAAUCACAGACUGAGUGUUUUAUGGCUCAGGAGAAGAAAGAGGAUGAGGGAGAAAAAAAGCCCAAGAAAAAGAGGAAGAAGAAGAAGAAGACGAUCACAGACGUCCUCGCCACCUCGGAACCCAAACCGGGCUCUCCAGGUGACCUGCAGAGCCUGGUUCUAGAACACUUCAAAGACAAGCGCUCCGUCAUCGAGCUGGAGGAGCUCAAACUACAGGAUUCCUGCUUUGUGACGAGUAAUGACCUCACACACAGCCUCUCCUCCUACCUGAAAGAAAUUUGUCCCAAAUGGGCUAAGGUCCAGAAGCAGCACACAGAGAAGAGUUCUGUGGUUAUGCUAAUCGUCUGUAGCUCCGCCCUAAGAGUUAUCGAGCUCAUCAAACAGUUGACCACCUUCAAGGGAGAGGCCAAAGUGCUGAAGCUGUUUGCAAAGCACAUCAAGGUAGAGGAGCAGGUGAAGCUCCUACAGAAGGGGGUGACACACAUCGGGGUGGGGACACCAGGGAGACUGAGCGCCCUCAUAGAGAAAGAGGGUCUGACCCUUCCGCCGCUGCGCUUCCUGGUUCUGGACUGGAACUGGAGGGACCAGAAGCUUCGCAGGAUGGUGGACGUCCCUGAGGUCAAAGGUGACUUGCUGAAGCUGCUGGAUACGGGGAUCUUGAAAGAUUGUAGGGAAGGAAAAGUCAAAGUGGGACUGUUCUGAUACAGAUACACAUACACACACCUAGUGUCAUACUACGCCUUAGACUGACACAAACACACACCCAACCAAGUCAAACUGGACCUCUUCUGAUCAUGCUCUCUUUCACACGCAACAAAGUUAAGUAGGGCCCCUCAAACCAAUCCUGUCUCCAUAACAGACAGUGAGACUGCUGGACAUUUCAACCAUCUUCCCUAUCCUGUUUUUACCCUCUCUAUGUGACACUGUGUUGUUCUUGUUCUAUUUUAAGUGACCGUGUAAAAUGUCUGAUAUGGUUUAUACAGUGUUGUAGUUCAACACCACCCGACCGUGUGAUGGUUUGAAUAAAGACAUUCUGAAUGGAA